AUGAAGUGCACUACUUUAGCAGGCGCCUGUCUCUUUGGGGCGCUGGCGCCUAUAGUGGGUGCUAGGUCUCAGCCUACCAUAUUUCGCGCUAUAGCGCGUUCUACGUCAUGUCCGGAGGCUCCAUCAACUCUUGCCUUGAGCGACCCUCCCUAUGAGAACUACAUGUACUCGGACUGCAAUGUCGCGGCGCAAGUUGUUGUCACCAGCCCAUUACCUAACAGCAACUUAACACAGAUAGGACCCCGGUUGAUUGUCGCCUGGCCGGCUGGCAACAGCGGUGUGUGCGCUUACUUUGCGCCUCAAAACGGCAUCAAUGGCUCGCUCGCGAUUGAGGUGAUUAACUCUACCGUAGGCGAUCCUUUGGCGCCUGUGUACAUCGCGCCCUCAAAUGGAUCCCAAUAUCCUAGCGUCGGUGUCACGGGCGUUCUGCGUAUUAAUGCCUCUGCGACGUUGACUGUGCCGAUUCUCGGCAGUAUCCGGACCAUCAGAGACUUUGUUGAGGGACCGAGUCUCCUUCAACCUGACAUUCAGGAUGCAAUUCAAGUCAUAGGAAAGGAUCGCAGUGUUUCACUACAGCGGCUGUGGUUGGAUAAUAUUACCGUCUCGACGCUUCAGUUCAGUCCCGCUGCCAAUAGCAAAAGCCGUGUUGCUGUGGUAAACAGAACUACGCACUUUGAGGCGGGCGAGUACAUUUUCAGAGCUUAUAUUAACUAUCCACAGCUCACUCAAUUGAAACCAGAUGAGGUACUGGACGCUGAAAAUGCGGCACUCCACACUCAACAGUCCCAAAAAACCUCUGCGCUGUCAUUCCUUUCAUACUCAGAGAAAUUGCUUGCGGGCGCAUGGCGCUUUCUCACGUAUUUUGGGAGAGAUUCGAUGAUUUCCGCCUUGCUUUUAGAGCCAGUUUUAAGCAAAGGUAAUAAUAGCGCGAUGGAGGCUGUUAUUGGGGCUGUAUUAGAGCGUAUUAAUCGCACGGACGGGAGUGCGUGUCAUGAAGAGACAGUAGGUGACUAUGCCACAUGGACGAACUUGCAGAAGAAUAUUACUAGCACCACCAUGCUGUGUGAUUAUAAGAUGGUUGAUACCGAUUACUUCCUCCCUAUUCUUAUAAAGCGAUACUUGGUAGACAACGAAGUGGGGCAGAGAAGGCAUAAGGCUUUCUUAAGAGGCAGUACUCCGGCCGGUUCUAUUAACUCGGUAAACCGGAACCUCACCUGGGGCCAACUAUCCACCCUCAACGCCGAGCGGAUCAUACGUCUGGCUGGCCCGUUCGCACAGAAGCAGACCAAGGAGAAUCUCAUCCAUUUGAAUGACGGCGAGGUUAUCACAAUUUCCCGUUCCACCGCCCAAGCCCUUGUCCAAAACUACACGGAGGAGAUCUCAUUCCCUGGUCCCUCACACGUGUCCCAGAUAUCAAGUGACGUGACAUUUUAUGGCGUCGCUCUUGAUGGCAAUAACAACCAAUCCCAAGUGCGCGUCCUUAACACAGACGACUGCUUCCGGCACUUCCUCCUUAAUACAACAACCAAUCAACCACAGUUAACAUCCUUUAUUAACCAAACUGCCACACAUAUACGCACCACGUUCCCUGCCGGGUUAAUGACGGAUGCAGGGCUGGUGGUUGCCAACCCAGCCUAUGGCGGGGACCCAGUAUAUGCCAAGAACUUUACGACUGGUGCAUACCACGGCACGGUGGUAUGGUCCUGGCAGCUUGCUAUGAUGGCUAAGGGAUUGGAAUAUCAAUUGGAUCGCUGUGCCAGAAACCCCAAUUCCUCCAGGCCGGAAUUCUGCACAGAUGACUUGGUCUACAGCAAUGUGAAAACUGCUUAUAAUGCGCUAUGGGAUAGUAUCGAGCAGAAUUCGCAGCAAUUAUCCUCUGAGGUCUGGUCAUGGGUUUAUAAAGACGGGAAGUUUGCAGUAACACCUUUGGGCGUGUUACCACCACCAGAUGGGGCAGCACAAACUGAGUCGGAUAUUCGGCAGCUGUGGUCGUUGGCAUUUUUGGCGGUUACGAGGAAUGUUGCCUUACAGUAG